AUGUCGAAAAAGAAAGCUGUGGCAAUCGCAAAAGCGUUCCAGAACUGUCACGAUCUAAUUCCCGGUUUACCGUCGGAAUUAGCUAUUGAGUGUCUGGUCAGAGUUCCGUACCAAUUUCAAUCCGCCAUGAAGUCCGUUUGCCGUUCAUGGCGAAGCUUACUUUCCGACUCUUCCUUCAUCCGAGAGCGCCGGAGAUGUGGCAAAGCAGAGCUUCUUCUCUGUCUUGUUCAACCGCUGACGCCGCCGCCAACUCCAGCGUCUAAAGCGGUUGAGGAGAGUCAGACAUUUGUGGACGAGGAGGGUGAGAAGAAAUUGGAGGAUGAGUCGCAGCAGCCGCGCGUUUCCGGGACGCCGCGGUUUGGGUUAAGCGUUUACAACGCAGCGAUGUCGACGUGGAAUCACGUUGCCUUCCCGGAGCAGCAGCAGAUCCCGCUUUUCUGCGAGUGCGUCGUGAUUCAGGACGCCGGGAAGAUUCUGCUCAUCGGCGGCUGGGAUCCGGAGACGUUACAGCCGGUGAAAGACGUUUACGUGCUCGAAUUCGCCGGAGAAGGAAGCGGAAGGAGGUGGAGACGAGGAGCGCCGAUGAAUGAAUCGCGGUCGUUCUUCGCCUGCGCUUCAAUCGGCUCGACGAAAGUGUACGUCGCCGGAGGUCACGACGAUCAGAAGAACGCCUUACGCUCGGCGGAGGUUUACGACGUGGAGAAGGACGAGUGGUCGAUGAUUCCGCCGAUGACGGAAGGAAGAGACGAAUGUCAAGGAUUCGCCGUGGGAACGGAUCUCGGAUUUUGCGUAUUGAGCGGUUACGGGACGGAAUCUCAGGGGAGAUUUCAAUCCGAUGCAGAAAUUUACGAUCCGGCUACAAAUUCCUGGUCCAAAAUGGAAGACAUCUGGCGAUUUCCGGAUACUAGCCCCAGAGGUCGCACCGCCGGAGACUGCUCCUCCGGGUUAAGGUGUUUCACAGACGGUGAAUUACAGAGCGAGCGUAAAUCCGAAACUAAAGACGAUUCGAGAAAAUGGAAUUUGGAACUUGAAAUGAUACAGUUUCCGAUGACUGGAAGCUCAAUUUUCGCCGGAAGCUUAGGAGGUGACGCGGUGGUAAUGAUCGGCGGGAGAACAGAGAGUGAAGGCAAAGGAGUGAUGAUGAAGACGACGGAGAAGGAUAUCGGAAAAUGGAGUCAUGUCCAAGACAUACCUUCCGGUUUCUCAACAUUACCAUUUUCACAUGCUUCAAUAUAUGUUUGA